CUGUUUCUUCCUGAUUUCAACGGUUGUUCUUAAAAGCAUUACGCCAGACAAUGAAAAGUGGAAACUGUUGGGGAUAUCCACGGAAGAGCAGACCAAAUGGUACCACGCUUUGAAUGCAUUACGACGUUUCAAUGGGUUAAACUUCCCUGAAGGUGACUAUGAAGGGGAGUUCAGAGAUAAAAUUGUGAAAGAAAUCUGGCAUAUAAUAACACCCUCACCAAGGUAUCAUGUCCCUCGGAUGCAAGGACAAGUACGAAUGUGUCAGCUGGUUGCAGAUUCCUUCAAUACUGUUCAUCCCGACGAAAACAGAAUACGUAUGGCAGGAUUGUAUGGAAUACCGGGCCACGGGAAAACUACACUAGGCAAAGCUUUCUGCAACUUCAAAUUGGGGGAUUUUGAAGGUAAAGUAUGCCAUCUGGAAUUUUGUAGAGGCGAUCCAUUCGAAAGAUUGAAACUUGCCCUGCAGUUUCUCACUCACUGCCCUCCAUGGAUUCUCCAAACACUGACAAACCCAGAUCAGGCACAAGUUGAGUUGUAUAGGAGAGUGAGGGGCCAAAGGGUGUUGUUGGUUCUCGACAAUGUCAGAGAGGAAAACAUAGACAAAGUGAAAUAUUAUGUUGAGGCAGAUUUGAGCAAAAGACAGCUGCAUCCUUUUGACCGCACGAAGCAAACAUGUUUUAGUAAAGCAUUUCAAAGUUGAGUCGCAGUCAUGCAUGGGCGUCCCAAGCCUUGAAAAAGACGAGGCCGUAUGCAUAUUAUUAUAAAGGGCAUCUAUAAAAGAGUCGACGCUGGGGAUAGAGGAAAAGAAUACUGCUUUGAAGUGUGCAAACAGAUGUUCGUUCAAAGAGGUCGGUUCGAGGCAUCGAACAUUUCAUCCGUUAAGCUUAAAAGCUUUUGGAGGGCACCUCUUCAGUAAAUACGGUUCUUAUUUGUCAAAGUGGGUUGCUGAGAUAGAAGGCUUGGUAGACCGACCCGGCUAUGGUCUGGAUGACAUGUUGGCUGUGCUGGGCGAAGCUUUUGAUAACAUGCGUCCUGAGUAUCGCACCAUUGUCAUGCUUCUCACCGUAUAUAAGCUUCCCGAUAUGUCUACCCAGAAAGUUAUUGAGUGGCUAGCAAUAAUUUGCAAUAAGGAGAUUGUUUUUAUUGAGAAAGCAGUGAGUAAAUAUUUGCUUUUAAAUAUUUUUAGUUUGUGAUUUUUGGGUAUUUUAUUUGAAAACCCGUUGAACGCUUAAUUUAUAUGUGGUUUCAAGUUGAGGAUCUAUGCAAGAAGGCUUUCAUUGAAGAGUUUGGACCUGAAAUUCGUAUACAUGACCUAUAUAUUGAAUUGGCUCAAAGCAAAGCAAAUGAAAUGGGGAGAUGGUUGUGGUGGAAGGGUGACCAACGUAGUACACGUAGGUUAAUAUCAUCAGAAGACGAUGCAGGCUUUGAAUUGGCUAAGUUGGAGCAGUGCAUCCAUCUAAAACCAUCCCAGAUCGUCCGCCAGGACCUCCAAAUUUUUUGAUGCUUCAGCUCGUAGGUGUGUAGAAUCUGAACAAGCUUGAUUUGGGCAAGAUGGGUCGUCUCAGAAGUAUCACAUGACAUAAAUGUAAAGACCUGGUAGCCGUUGAACGUAUGAAAAAACUCCAACAGCUAGCUUGGAUUCAGAUAAGCGAGGUAAGUCCACUAUUUAAACUUCCUGAGCUAAGCAGCUUUCAAGAUUUGCAACAUCUUGAGAUCGACAUUGUAGUCAGCAAGGUGCUCGAUCAGCUGGGAGAUCUGACCGGUUGUGUUUGUCUGAGAAAGAUUAAUGUUUGUUGUCCAUCCCUCAUGGAGUUCCAAAGUUAAAAGGUUUGACGCAUUUGGAGAAAGUGGAAUUUAGAGUGUGUAAGAAAGUUGUUGAUAACUGAUGCAGCUAGAUUAGUUUAGUUAAUAGUUUUUUGUUUAUUCAUGCAAAUAAAGCAUGUACUCCAACAUGCAUUAAUCCUUAGUUCUAUUUUUAGUUUGUUUUUUGCAUGAAUUUGUUUUUAGUAAAUAAAGCAUGUUGUGCAUGCACUUAUUAUAUUCUUAAUUUAGGGAGUAGUUUGCUUUUUUUAGUUUGAGAGCCUUAGUAGCUUUCCAUGCAAUGCUAGGAAUAUAUUUAGAACUGCAGUUAUUAUUAAUUCUUCUAGACUGCAAAUUCUUUAUAUACACAGCCUCUAUGUAAUUUUUAAUUAAGCUUCAAUAAAGAAAUUGGUGGGUACAAUUCCAAAAAAACAGGGCACUUUGUUUUUUUA